GCACGGACACUUCAUUGUGUCGGUGACAGUGGGUACCUACCUGUGUACAAAUAUGUUCAAUUAUAAUUAAACCUAGUGGCGGAAUAUGUUUGUGAUUUGUGAUUAUAGACAAAAAACUUAAAAAUGACAAGCGAACAAAAUAAUUUAAAGACACAAAGAUCUUUUGAUAAACUGGGCUUACCUCCAAUGGAGUUAGCAGAAUCAGCUUCGAGUGAUAGAAAUAUUAUGGAUGCGAAUAAAUGUUUAAUUCCCUUACUAAAAAAACUAAUUAUAACGUUGUUAUUAGUUCUUUUCGGAGUGGGAACGUAUAUUUUAUUACUAAAAUUGUUACAACACGAUGAUAACAUUCAUAGUACAGACAUUAUCGUUGUCACAGGAAUACGAGAAAAUCCAAAUAUAACGUUACAAGAAGACGACUUAGAAAUAAUACUCCGUCUUAAAAACAGCACAAAUACUAAAAGAAAAAGAAAAAAACGAAAUACUUUUCCAAUUUUUUCUAUGACAAAUGCUGGAAACAUACAUGAAGACACAAUACAAAAUACCAGAGACAUGAUUGCUAGAUACGAUUUGCUUUGCAAACAUGACCACAACCAACAGAUUUGUAAAGAACUCUUUACGAGACUGAAAAGAAUUGCAAAUAAAGAUAACACAAAUUUAAACGAUACAAAUGAUUUUAUUGAAAACAUUGCAAGAAUAAAUUUAAAGCCCGAAAGUGCUGAACUAAAUAAUUAUUCAAACUUUGCGCAGCAUAUUCCAAUAUUGCCAGAGUCUUUAAAAAAACGCGAAACAAAUUCUAUUGGAAAUCUUCAAAAUAUAUUAGAAUCUGUUUCACAUACCGACGGAAGAGAAAACUAUUAUGAUUAUGGUUAUCCAGUUAACGUGAGACCCAAUCUACAACCGCAAGCGCAUCUCACCGACACCUGCUUGUUAGCGCGACUUUUAAAGCGUAAUUAUCCUCAUGUUCACGGAAUAUAUGACAUUGCACCUUCUGAACAUGUAGGACCACACUACGACCAUCCACCGUUACCUCACACUAGAUAUUUUCCUCCAGGUCCGCCUACUUUUAUUCAAGGCCGUGAUAUUGAGCCUCCAAAGAACAAAUUACACCCUCAAGAUGUCGAGAUAUUCAUGAGCUUCUUAACACCAAAAUAUGAAGGCACUUCGAAGGAAGAAAUAUCCAAUAAGACAACUCGUGAAGCGGUUUGUGCUGCGGGAACGGUUCCUUGUGAUAACGGAGAAGAUUGCGUUUCUAGUUUCAAAUGGUGUGACGGAAACGUAGAUUGUUCGGAUGCGAGCGACGAAGCCAGAUGUGCCUGUAGACAUAGAGUUGAUAAAUCGAGACUCUGUGACGGCUAUUUUGAUUGCCCUUUUGGAGAAGAUGAAAUGGGAUGUUUUAAUUGCAAUGAAAACAUGUUUAGCUGUGAAGACUUGGACAUAGAUUCUCAAAGUACGUGUUUCACUAAAGAACAACGAUGCGAUAACACUGUUCACUGUCCUAACCAUAGAGAUGAAGUUGAAUGUAGUAUAUUAACGCCCAGUAUACACGAAAAACGACUAUUUGCGAUUUCAAACACAGAAGGAUAUUUACACAGAAAUUAUAAAGGAGUCUGGCACCCUGUAUGUGAAAAUCCUUAUAUGUGGGCACACGACGCGUGCCGUCGAGAAACAGGCAUCAUAAGCAGACCACCGUUCAUCAACUGGAUGCCUAUAGAUCCAUUAGUAAAGGUUCGCUACAUAAACGCAGGCCCAGAUGAUCUAUUUCGUACAAGUGACACGUGUUUCAAUUCUACAGCUGUUUAUGUCACGUGUCCUGAUUUAUUAUGUGGAACUAGAGUAUUGAGUACCUCUCAAAUGUUACGCGAGAAUGCGGCCAUCGAAAAUCAUCUUUUCGGUAGGAACAAAAGGUUCCUGCAACUAAACCAACCCUAUCCUUUAAUGUUUUAUGGAAAUCGUAAGAAGAGAGAUAUUAAAUUGAAGAUGAUAAAAAAGAGGUCUCUAGAAGACACAUUUGCAAUGAACGAAACAUUAUACAAAAGUAUUCUUGAAUACAUAAGGAACAGAAGAGCCGAAAGUAGGGUGGUUGGUGGCAGACCUAGUGAACCAGCGGCCUGGCCUUGGAUGGUAGCCAUCUAUAGAAAUGGCAUGUUUCACUGUGGCGGUGUUGUUUUAACACAAAACUGGGUCAUGUCCGCUGCUCAUUGCGUUCAUAAAUUUUGGAUCCACUAUUACGAAAUACAAGUGGGGAUGCUACGUAGAUUUUCGUUUUCACCACAAGAGCAGAAUCACAAGGUGACAAACAUAAUUGUAAACCAGCAUUAUAAACAAAUUGACAUGAAAAACGAUCUGUCGUUAUUAAGAGUUGAGCCAGCCAUUCAAUUUAGUCGAUGGGUGCGCCCUAUAUGUCUACCUGGACCUGAAACAGCUGGACCUGAUUGGCUUUGGGGACCCUCACCUGGCAUCAUUUGCACUGCAGUAGGAUGGGGAGCUACUGUUGAACACGGACCAGAUCCCGAUCACUUGAGGGAAGUCGAAGUACCAAUUUGGGCAAAUUGCAAACAUCGAGAAGAUAAAGCUGGCAAAGAAAUUUGCGCUGGGCCCGUCGAAGGAGGAAAAGAUGCAUGUCAGGGCGAUAGUGGAGGACCGCUUUUGUGCAGAAAUCCUUUGAAUUCACAACAAUGGUAUAUAGCUGGGAUCGUGAGUCACGGUGAUGGAUGCGCUCGUAAAGAUGAGCCUGGAGUUUACACACGUGUCAGUCUUUUUGUGAAGUGGAUUAAAUAUCACAUUUCUUCGAAAUCACUGCCAAUGGUAACACCAGUACAGGAAUGUCCAGGAUUUAAAUGUGAAUCAGGAAUUUCAAAAUGCAUUCCACUGAAAAGAAAGUGUGACAAAAUUAUCGAUUGCCUGGGAGGGGAAGAUGAAAUUGAAUGUGAAAUUACAAAAUCUGCAAAUAAUUUUGAUGGUAAUAUGUUUUUAUCUGAAAUGUUCAAGAAUAGUGAAAACAAUAGUAAUUCUGAAGUUAGUCGAAUAACAAAGGAAGCAGAUAGUAGUUUCAAUACUGUUACUUCUGUUAAUAUCGAAACAACUACAACCUUCUUCAGCUCUGCUAUGGAAACACUAACGGAAUCAACUACGAUACCUAUCGUCACUUCCACAAAGGACGAUAUGAUUAAAGAAUCACCGGAACUAGUAGAUACAAAGAAUACCCAAAUAGAUUUUAUACAUGCAUCUACGUUAGAAAUUCCUUUUUCAAUAAGCUCAGAAGAUUCAGAUACGGAUACUCAACGCCAAACUACUACAAACUUUCCAACUUCAACUUUAAUGGAAAAGUCGCAAAUUACAAACAUUGAUAACAUACAAAGUGUGACGGUAUCUUUUCAUAAAGAUUCUUCAGGAUCAAGGGCGUCUAUUUUAGUAAGUGAUCCCGACCAAGAAGUUGCAAACAGUGACAGCAUUACCGAAUCUACGUUCAAAUGGGACUGGACUACAACAGAGACCACAACACCUAUUGAUUUUUCUAGUACAAGUUCAACGCAAAAUAAUAACUUUAAAACUUCUACGGAUUUAGUUGAUAUGGAUACAACUAUACUUAUGAACCAAAAAGAUCUUCGUACUUUAAAUCAUACACAAAACCGGGAAAGUAAACAUGACCAAUUGUCAUCACAACAUAAUGACCAGACACUUGAAAAUAAAUCUGAAGAACUUGUUAUAAAAUUAUUACCUAACACGGAAGUACCAGACUUUAAAAAUGAAAUCUCACAAAAAGAAUUAAUACCGUCUCUCGACGAUAACAGUACACCAUCUUCCUCUAAACAACUAACAGAUUUUGAAGAUAAAAAGGAUAUCACUCGUAAGAUGGAAGAGAUUGUGUUUUCGGAACUUCAAACAGCUAUAAAAAGAAGAAAACCUCGAAUACCUAUAGAGUUUGAAUGUGGAAGCAUAUCUCAAGUUAUUCCAUAUAACCAACGUUGUAAUCAAAAGUCGGAUUGCGAAGACGGCACGGACGAACUUGGAUGCACUUGUAUAGACUAUCUAGCAACAUUGGAUGAAAAGCUUUUGUGUGACGGUAGUUACGAUUGCGCCGAUGGGCAAGACGAAUUGGAUUGCUUUACUUGUACUGAAGACCACUUCCUGUGCAAACAAAGCCAAAUAUGUUUGCCAAAGAAACACGUGUGUGAUGGAAAAUCAGAUUGUCCAUUAGGAGAAGAUGAAUUAGACUGCUUUACGUUAUCAAAUGGAAAAGAAAUUCAGUAUGGUAUUGAUGAAAGACCUCUAAUUAAUUUAGAGGGAUACCUAACAGAAAAGUAUGAAGAUGAAUGGCAUAUUGUAUGCAAAGACAAACUAUCAGUUGAUGAAAUAGAAGAAGCAGCUGGACAUAUAUGCCGCUACUUAGGAUUCAGUGCUGCCAACAAUUAUUUUAUACAAUACAUAAAUGUUAAAGAAGAUGACAUUUCAAAACCAACUUCAACUAACAAAAGAAAGAAACGAGAAAUUGAUGGCAGUGUACCCGUCAAUUUUGCUUAUCGAAUGGUUGAUAAUGUCAAGGAAACUGCUAGGAACAUAGUCAUAAAAGAACCACAAAUUAUACCAGAAAAUUGUGUGCCAAAUAUAACAAAAACAUGUAAAUCGCUAUAUGUCUCCUGCCAUCCCUCUUUAUUUACCAACUUUGAUGGAAUUCAAAAUAAUUUGGUUAAUAAAGCAGCUAUGACUGAUUUAAAUACAAUGUGGCCCUGGGUUGCUAAAGUUUAUGUCGAUGGACAUUAUAAAUGCACGGGUGUUUUAGUAGAUCUGUCAUGGGUUUUAAUAAGUAACUCAUGUCUUUGGGAUACAAAUCCUCAUGAUUUUAUAACAGUCAUAUUAGGAGUACAAAGGAUUUUAAGCACUACGAAUGGACCCUACGAACAAAUACAUCAAAUAGAUGCAAAAAAAGAUUUGUAUCGGAAUAAAGUAAUAUUAUUGCAUUUAAAGAAACCCGCAAAAUACUCCAACAUGGUAAAACCCAUUUCUAGUUCUAAUAAUCACUUAGAAAAAUAUCACAUGUGCGUGGCGGUUGGUCAAGAUAAUCAUAAUAAAACAGUCAGUGUACUUUUAAAAGAAACAAGUGAAAACUGCACUCCACAUAAUAUUUGUUUCAAACGAAUAGAAGAAGAAAACAUAUGCGCUCCUGGAAUGCACUCGCAUCGCGAAUGGCCGGGUAUCAUUUGUUGCCAUUCAGAACAGGGCUGGCAUCCUGUUGCUUCCUUUAUUGAUAGUAGAGGAGAAUGCGGUCUUGGAAACCUUAUACUAGCAACUGAAAUAGAAAACUUAAAGAACAGAAUCAAACAAUCUUCAGGUCAUUUCUCAGAAUCAUCCAAACAAUUAGAGUAUGGUACCUGCGAAGGUCAAAGAUGCAGCCGCGGUCGUUGCAUAGGUUUGCAUGAAGUUUGUGACGGGGUCAGACAUUGUGAAGAUGGAAAUGAUGAAUCUGCAGAGGCUUGUAAUAAAAAGCGCAAUAUUUGUAAAAAGGAUCCAUUUGCGAAAGGAUGUGAAUGUUCAACAGGCGAAAUGAAAUGCCGUAAUGGCAAAUGUAUACCAAAAACAUUGUUCCGAGAUGGACAUGACGAUUGUGGGGAUGGCACCGACGAACCGGGUUACAAAACUUGUUCCCAAUACUUGGCUCGGGUCAUGCCUUCAAGACUUUGUGAUGGUAUAUUGCAUUGUCAAGACAGAAGUGAUGAAGAUCCAUCCUUUUGCAAGUGUUAUGCAAAGAAAACUUUCAGAUGCGGUACAAGAGAAAGCGAUGGUGAUCACUGCGUCGCUCCGGAUAUGGUGUGUGACGGCAUCCGCGAUUGUCCCAAUGGAGAAGAUGAGAAAACAUGCAUCGGCCUUAGUGCUCCGGAAGGGACUCCAUAUGGAACGGGACAAGUAAUAAUACGCUCUCAUGGCGUCUGGCACUCCAAGUGCUUUAGUACUCCAAACCACACCAAAACAGAACUAGAAGCUCUUUGCAGAGAACUAGGAUUUAUCAGCGGUCACGCGAAGGAAAUUAAAAACUUAGACAGCCUUUAUCCCCACAACAAUUUAGUUAUAGAUUCGUUUAACGAAAUCACCCUCAAUAACAAUACUAUAAUCAAGAUGAGAAACACACACAAUCCCAUCGCUAAAGCAGUGUUCAGUGAAAAUUUGCAAAAUUGUUACCCAGUAUUUAUAGAAUGUCUAUAAGAUUACUUUUACACGUUUAUUUAUUUUCUACACCUUUAUUUAUAUGUACUUUAAGUAUAUGUUAAGGUUUUAUUUA